UAGUAGUUUUAUUCUUUACUCAUAACAUAUGAACUGUUGUUGAAAAUGUGGUUUAUUUUUAAUAUUAUAUGUCUUUUAUUACUAAAAACCGUGAUUUCUUCAAAAUGUGAGGCUCCAAACAAGCUGACAGUCUAUGCCAACGAUGACAGGAACAGACUAUUCGUCGAAUGCGUUGACAGUUCCGUGCAAGACUCCCUUUUUAAUGGAUACCAGAUAGAAAAAAUUGUCUUGGACCAUAACAGUGAGCAAACACUCAAAAAAGAAACGGUCAAAAACAUGAAGCAUCUUCAAAGUAUUUCAUAUUAUUCGUCACAAGGUCGAGACCUUGAAAGUAAAGCUUUUGAAAACUUGCCCAGUCUUCAAGCUAUAUGUCUGGUAAUGGAGAAUCUUGAGAAAAUACCUAAAGAUGUAUUCAGUAAAAUUCCUUCAUUACAAAGAAUAAUUUUACAAGCAAACCAGAUCAGUAUAAUUGAAAAAGAUGCGUUUUCUGAGCUACCUAACCUCGAAGAAGUUGAUGUGAGUAGUAACAAACUAAAAAGCUUCAAGCCUGAAUGGUUCAGUAACACUGUUAACAUACAAGUGUUGGAUUUUCAAGAGAAUGAGAUUACUUCCAUACCACCCAAAGCUUUUGCUGGAUUCAGGCAACUUCGAGAGGUAUACCUUAACUCUAACAAGAUUUCUAUUAUUGGUGAAGGUGCAUUUGAAGGUAUCGAACAUCUGGAUCACCUAGGACUGGAAAGGAAUCAUUUAACCCAAAUCCAGGACAAUAUUUUUCCAAACAACAUUGCAAUCGACACGUUGGGAAUUGCAGCAAACUAUUUGAAUUUUCUGUCAAGUAAACUCAGAAAGAAAGUUCAGGUUUCUGAGAUCAUUAUGCAUGGUAACCCCUGGAAAUGCGCUUGUUUUGAUGAAAUCAAACUUUGGCUGGAAAAAAGUAAUGCCGUGGCAAAUAAUAUGGAUUGCAGUAGAUCUGAUGUGCCUGUAUGUGCGGUUUCUGUGAUAACAUCACCGAUUUGUGAGGAAAAAGUCGAUAGUGAUGUGAACAAAGUGUUUUUUGAGGCUCUUAGUAAAGUUCAACCACGGUUCAAUAGAGAAUGUGCUCAGUUUUAAUUGAAAAUAUAAUUUAGUCUUAAAUAUACAGGGUUGAGUCUUAAAUAAGUACAAAUAUUUCUAGGGGGUGGUUUAUUUCGAAUCCAGGUUUACAAGUCUAUGAAGUCGCAAAAAAAAAGAUGUUGAAAACCGUACAUUUUC